AAGUUCCUUUUUGUUAUCUGUUGUUUGAGCUGGUGUUUUUAUUCAUUAUCGUCCAGAUCUUGUAGGGAGGAAAGUCUUAUGAAGAGUAGCCGUCAUCUUCAUAAUUGCACCUUGAUCACUUUUUGAAGCUUGUUAUGACAGGUUGUCUUGUUUUCUGAGUAAAAGGUUUACUUUUUUUAAUUUGGAUUUCCGUCACAUCACAGAGAUUUCACCACUGUGUUCACUCCAAAUUAAUCUCUUCUGAGUACCAGAGGACUCACCAUGUGGCUAAAAGGUUUUACAAGUAACCAUGUCAACAUGAAACUUCUGAAGACCUGUGUCAUCCUCCUCCUUGUGUAUGUGUUGUUCUUUACACUAAGAAACAUGGCCCUGCUGCAGAUUAAUUUUGAAGAAAACUCUAUCAUCUUCCUCAAGAAAGUGACCUCCGCUCCUUCCACCGGUCCUGUGUUGGCUCCUUACAUGCCUGACAACUUCUGCACCAUCAAGCCACUGUCUUCUGCAGAUGCUAAGGAGGAACGUCUCCUAUUGGACUCCAUUGCUUGGCCUGAGACUCCUCCUCUGCCAGCUCCUUUUUCAUUGAAUCAGACAAGUAAUGCCGCCCACAGCACCUUUACCAUUCUCCCAAGGAGGGGUGGAGGAGAUUGGCAUGUAGGAGACCAGCUGGAAGUUAUUAUACAAAUGUACAACUUCCAAGGUAACCCCAAGAAGUCUGGAGGAGAUGCAAUUGUUGCCCGGUUGCACAACAGGGCACUUGAAGCAGGUGUGGCUGGACGAGUGGUGGAUCUCUUAAUGGCUCCUACUCUGCUGUAUUCUCUUUACUCUGGGAAGGAAGCGCACAGGUUGAGGACUGCCAGUGUCACUGUGUUGCCACGAAGGAAAGGGAACCUGCAGUCAAUCAAGACAGUGGGAAGUCUGGACUCUCUGGGUAUUACUACCAGGGUGUGUGGCGAUCACUAG